GUAAUGCUGUUUGUAAAUGCUAUUGGUCUCGUAAUUAGCGCAUCGUUUAUGACAGUAAAGCGCAUCCAAGCAUCAGGAACAGGGGUUUAUUUUACAUCGGUGCUUCAUAACGUUCAAGUAUCCCCAUAAUCUCAGAUGUGACACAGUCUGGCUUCCAAACAGGCAGGAAAACACCCAGGUUUAACAUCUGCAUUAGAUUAUUGUUAAGAUGGAGUUUGUUAAAGAGAAGAGAGAAGACAUAAGUGGUGAAGAAGACACAUGCGGAGAGGAAGAGGAAGAAUAUAAGCAGAGAGGCCUGAUGGAAGUGAAAGAGGAACGUCAAGAGAUAAAUGAAGUGGAGGAGAAAGAUCAGCAGGAGGAACCUCAGCAGUUCAUAAAUGCAAAACAGUCUUGUAGUUGUUCACAGAACGAUAAUAAUCAAUCACAAGAAACAUCUCAAAGAACAGAAGCCAAAAACCUGUUCACCUGCUCUCAGUGUGGAAAGAGUUUCACACGUAAGGGACACCUGAGGAUCCACACGAUCAUCCACACAGGUGAGAGACCAUACACCUGUCCUCAGUGCUCCAAGAGCUUCACCUGCAAAGGAAGCCUAAAGGAUCACUUCAAGAUCCACUCUGGGGAAAAGCCUUUUACCUGUCCUCAGUGCGGAUGGAGUUUUGCACGUCAAGAAGAUCUUAAGAGGCACAUAAGGAUUCACACCGGAGAGAAACCAUUCCCAUGCUCUCAGUGUGGAAAAAGCUUCACUAGUUCAGGAGAUCUGAAGAGACACUUAAGAAUUCACUCCGGAGAGAAGCCUUUCUCCUGUCCUCAGUGCACAAAGAGCUUCAGGCAGAAGGAAGGACUGAAGGAACACAUGAAAAUACACUCUGGAGAGAAACUUUUCACAUGCAUGUUGUGCGGGAAGAGUUUCACACAUCAGCGGAGCUUAAAAAGACACAUGAAGGUCCAUUCAGGAGAGAAGUUACACCAGUGUCCUGAAUGCGGCAGGAGGUUUUCAGAGGCCUGCAAUCUCAAAACUCACCUGCUCUCUCACACCGGAGAAAGACCCUUUCACUGUCAGCGCUGCGACAAGAGGUUUUUCCUGGCCGUGCACCUCAAAACACACAUGAGGAUCCACGAGGACGAGCGGCGAUACGUGUGUUCAUUCUGCGGGAAGAGCUUUCUGUGGCUUAAUGGGUUUAAAGACCAUCAGAAAACUCAUAUGGGCGAGAAACCCUACGAGUGUCUGGACUGUGGAAGUACUUUCACUAGAGCCGGUGAACUGAAAGUGCAUGAACGGGUCCACACUGGAGAGAAACCCUACAAGUGUUCCCACUGUGAGAAGAGCUUCACUCAGUCAGGAGCGCUAAAAAUUCAUGAGAGGGUUCACACCGGAGAGAAACCGUACCUCUGUCCUUCCUGCGGGAAGACGUUCAGCCGAUAUGGAAAUCUAGGGAAGCAUUUAAAAAAGGCUUGUCCAAAGCUGAGACAGUGAGGAGGUUCAGCUCCAGGUGUAGCUCAUCCGUGUGAAUUAAACACUGAUGGGAGAGUUUGGCUUGCAUUGUGAACAAAUAGCCUGUUAGCUGUAACUUGACAAUCAACUAACAAUAGUAAAACAAAUUAUAUUAAAAACAAGCAAGCAAGCAUUUGAAAAGUAACGCAAAAGUAAUAUAAUGUAUUACUUUCCAUAAAAAAUAACUAACUUUGUUUUUAGGGAGUAAUGCAAUACUGUAAUGCAUUACUUUUAAAAGUAACUUUAUCCAACACUGGUGAGGAGACUACGGGACAGUGUGUCCUCCAAACAAGCAUUUUUAGAACCUUAGAAGAAUAUUAAGAAAGUAUGUGGGAUUCUGUGAAUGCUACAGAAAUUUUAGGGAUUGCUCUUGUAUUAUAAAAUAGCACCUUUUUUUUUUGCACGUGGUAGCAUUUGUCAAACAAUGCCAAUAUGUCUCUUUAUUUAUUUUAUCUUACAUCUUAAAAAUUAAAUGUUGUCUAUCAUAGUUCUUCAGAUCUUUGGGGAACUGAAAAGACUUUGACUGAGAUUAUUUAAAAAGAAACUAGACCAGUCGACAGCUGUUAUUAUGUGUUUGUGGAGGAAAUUAGGUGAUUUCUGUAUUGCUACUUUGUUUUAAUUUGCAAACAUCAUGAAAUUAUUCCACAAAUGCUUACAGUAU